AUGGCCGAUCCUCUUGAUGCAGAGUUAUUGAACUACGAAGAUGAUUCAACAGUCGAUGCUGCUCCACACAAGGAGAAAGAGCAGCGCGGCCACUAUGUCGGUGUCCACACAACAGGUUUCCGUGAAUUCUUACUUAAGCCAGAAUUAAUGCACGCCAUUUCCGACUGCGGCUUUGAGCAUCCUUCCCAAGUCCAGCAAGAGUGCAUUCCACACGCCUUACUUGGCACAGAUAUUAUUUGCCAAGGCAAGUCAGGUAUGGGCAAGACCGCCGUUUUUGUCAUUUCCGUUCUCCAACAGCUUGAUCCUGUUCCAGGCGAAGUUUCCUGCCUUACAAUUGCUCCAACAAGAGAAUUAGCCUUCCAGAUUGCCACAGAAUUCCAACGUUUCACAAAGUUCAUGCCAGGAGUCGAUUCAGUAGUAUUUUACGGAGGUAUUCCAAAAGCCACCAACAUUGCCACCCUGAAAGAGAAGAAGCCAUGCAUUGUUGUUGCCACUCCAGGCAGAUGCCUUGAUCUCAUUAAGGAAAAGGAUGUUUUAGAUGUUUCAAAGGUCAAAUUCUUUGUCAUCGAUGAAGCCGACAAGGUCUUUGAGAAGCAGGACAUGAAGGAUACAGUAGAUAAGAUAUACAACAGACUUCCAAAGGACAAGCAAGUUCUCUUAUUCUCAGCGACAAUGCCAGACUCAAUGAAGGAGAUCUGCCGCUCAUUCACACACAAUGCAACAGAAGUUUACGUAGAUGAUGAUAAGAAGCUUACACUUCACGGUCUCCAGCAGUACUACGUCAAGUUGGCCGAGAACGAGAAGAACCGCAAGCUUGUCGAGAUUCUCGAAAACUACAAGUUCAACCAAGUCGUCAUUUUCCUCGACAAGAAGGAGCGCGCCAAGAAUCUUACACAGCUCCUCAACGAGUGCGGCCACCCAACUAUCGCUAUCUCCGGUAACAUGACACAGGAAGACCGUAUUCGCGCUUUCUCCGAAUUCAAGCAGUUCAAGCACCGCAUUCUCGUCGCUACAGACCUUAUCGCUCGUGGUAUCGAUGUAGAAAGAGUUAACAUCGUCAUCAACUACGAUAUGCCAGAUUCUACCGAUACUUACCUCCACCGUGUUGGCCGUGCUGGAAGAUUCGGAACAAAGGGUCUUGCAAUCUCCUUCGUGGUCACUGAAGAAGACGUCGCUAUGCAGAAGAAGAUUCAGGACAGAUUCGAACUCAAGAUCGAACAAUUACCAGCUUCAAUAGCUCCUGACACGUACAUGAAUGCCUAA